AUGCAAUUGGGUUACACAUUACUGUCAAGAAACUGGCCUGUCACAGAAGCUUGGUGACAGUACUGUCAAGAAACAAACCUAUCACAGGGUUAACCAUAUUUCCGUGUAGAGGAAUUGCAAGAAAAACUUCGAUCACCUAGAACUUACAUCAUGGAGCAACUGGAAGAGAAGCCUUCCUUACCUAGAACUUCCAGCACGAAGGAACUGCAUGAGAAACCUUGCUCACCAAGAAUUAAUAGCGAGGAGGAAUUGCAAGAAAACCCUUGCUCACCUAGCGCUUCCAGCACGAAGGAACUGCAAGAGAAACCUCGCUCACAUCGAACUGGCACAGACGGGUCACGUGCAGCACUGGACCGCCUACGUGCAUACCGGUCCAAGGAACGCAGACGCCUAGCUAUGGAGCUGGAUGAGCUGUGUUCACAAGCGAACACUGCCCAUGCAGGACUCAGACUGUAUCUGUUGAUCACUACACCUAAGGCACCAGUACUCACCCCUCCAGCAACCGUAGUCAUCCCGCUACUAACAAACAGAACUGAUUGGCUACUCGCUCGCUGGUAGUGACCUGUGUUCCUCAAUCUGCUCUACUAUAUGUGUUAC